GCGGAAUACUAAAAACUGGUAUUUGAAGCCAACCCCAUAAAAGGUGCCGCGAAUCUCUCAGGUUUGUGAAUACCAAAAUUGAAACUCUCCUCUCAUCUCUCUCGCAUGAACCACAACUAGGUUGCCCUUUUCUCUUUUCGCUUUUCUAUUCCCAACACUUUGCACACUCAAAUACUAUCAAAUUUCACAUUACUAUAACAAUAACAACCUGAAGAAAAGAGUAUCUAGCUAGGGAAAGCCUAUACUUUGAGAGAGAGAGAGAGAGAGAAAGAUAUCAACCUUUUGAUAAUCUCUUUCAUGCUAUACAUAAAAUAAAAAAGAGAGGUGGGUUUAUUGGGAAGUGAAAAAAAAAAGAAAAAAGAAAAAAGAAAAAGCAUGGAGCAAGAGAUGCCGAUGGUGGACAUAGAGGCUCAAGCUAACAAGAAGACAGAAAUAGAAGCCCCAGCCAUCUUUAAGAAAGCCAACCGGCCUGUUACGUUGAAGUUUGAGGACGUUGUUUACAUGAUCAAAAUUAAUAAAGGCGGAUUACUUAAGAAGAGCAAAAAUUCUGAAGAGAAAAUGAUCUUGAAGGGUAUCACAGGCAUGGUUCAACCUGGAGAAGUUCUGGCCAUGCUUGGCCCUUCUGGCAGUGGCAAAACAACAUUGCUGACUGCACUGGGUGGCCGCCUUGGUGGACGGCUUGCUGGAACCAUAACCUACAAUGGCAAGCCCUUCUCGAAUGCAAUGAAGCGAAACACUGGAUUUGUUACACAAGAUGAUGUUCUUUAUCCCCACUUGACAGUGACAGAAACACUUGUGUUUACUGCUCUUCUCAGGUUGCCUAAUAGCCUGAGUAAAGAAGAGAAAGUCCAGCAUGCAGAAGCUGUGAUAACUCAACUUGGUUUAACUAAAUGUAUUAAUAGCAUUAUUGGAGGAGAACGAUUGAGGGGGAUUUCUGGGGGAGAGAGGAAAAGGGUUAGUAUAGGACAAGAAAUGCUCAUAAACCCUAGUCUGCUAUUUUUGGAUGAGCCCACUUCAGGUCUUGACUCAACAACUGCUCAAAGGAUUGUAUCCACAUUGUGGGAGUUAUCAAAUGGAGGAAGAACAGUUGUUAUGACCAUACACCAGCCUUCAAGUAGGCUAUUUUACAUGUUUCAUAAGGUUUUACUGUUAUCCGAAGGUAACCCUUUGUAUUUUGGAAGGGGAUCAGAAGCAGUGGACUACUUUUCCAGCAUCGGAUAUUCCCCAAUGGUUGUCAUGAAUCCUGCAGAUUUUCUCUUAGAUCUUGCAAACGGUGUAUCCUCGGAUGAUUCACAUGAGGAUCAAAAUAAGAUUAAGCAGACUUUGGUAUCCGCCUAUAAGAUUAAUCUUGCUGACAAAUUGAAGGUAGAGCUUCAAGAACUUAGAAGCAGUCAAUAUCAAGAUGGAUUAGAUGACAAGCAAUUUGGCAAGUGGUCCACAGCUUGGUGGCAACAAUUUUCUGUUUUGUUUACAAGAGGGGUCAAAGAGAGAAAGCAUCAGUCAUUCUCCGGCCUCAAGAUCGGUCAGGUCCUGGUUGUAGCUGUUCUUUCAGGACUACUAUGGUGGCAAUCUGAUGAUGCCCACCUACAGGAUAAGAUUGGACUGCUCUUCUUCGAAUCAGGAUUUUGGGGCUUCUUCCCUCUAUUUCAAGCUAUAUUUACCUUCCCUCAUGAGCGUAGGAUGCUUGAAAAGGAGCGUUCGUCUGGCAUGUACAGGCUCUCAUCAUACUUCAUGUCAACAGUCGUUGCUGACCUCCCCAUGGAGCUUAUCCUUCCCACAGUUUUUGUUGUCAUAACUUAUUGGAUGGCUGGCCUCAAAUCCUCAUUUGUAAACUUUGUGCAAACCUUGGUUGUCCUACUGCUCAGCGUAUUAGUAUCUCAAGGCUUAGGUCUUGCCAUUGGUGCUACGAUAAUGGACCAAAAGUCUGCCACUAUAUUAGGAUCAGUCAUCAUGCUGACAUUCCUUCUAGCUGGUGGAUUCUAUGUUCAACAUGUGCCUUCCUUUAUAGCUUGGAUCAAAUACAUUUCCAUUAGCAAUUACACCUACAAGCUCUUGAUAGGGUCUCAAUACAAACCUAGUGAAACAUACCCCUGCAAUAGUAAAGGUGGGUUUUGUUUGGUAGGGGAGUUUCCAGCAAUAAAGCAAGUGGGGCUAAGUGGGCAAGCCAUUGCUGUUGUUGCUUUGGUGAUUAUGCUAGUUGGGUACAGGCUCAUGGCUUAUGUUGCCCUCAUGAGGAUUGGGGUGACAAAGAAAGUAGAGUAGACAAUAAUUAUUUUGUCCUAUUUAAUCCAAAUGUAUGCAAUAAUGUUACUCAAGUUGAUUAACGGAAGAUACAUUAGAUGAAAAAUACAUAUAAAUUAGAGAAGGAUUUUCUUUUUGAUUGCAAAUGUGCUUCUUUUGUUUUUUGUUGGCUGACAGAAAUAGAAUUGAGGCAAGAAGCUUUGGAGAA